AUGAGCGUCGACAGUCAUACGCUUCCUGUGAGGCAGGCUACUACUCUCAGCGAAGAAGCCGUACCGGGUAUCGACCCUACUACGACGGCCGGCUUACUUUCCGAAAGACUUCAGGCCUGGAAACAUGCCGUGGGAUAUUUAGAAGAAUAUGUUGGAGCUGUCGAGAAAGUCCACAAAGCGCAUGCCAAGGAGUAUGAGAAGGUUCUUAAGACGAUUUCUCACCCGUUAAGAGAGGGGGCACACUUCGACCAGGGUCUUGGCGGUGUUGCGGGUUUCUUCGAAAACAUGCGAGUUAAUACUCAGGCUAUGAUCAAUUCAAACGCGGAGACCGAGAAGACCCUCAAGGGGUCUGUCCUACCAAUUCUCGAACGACUACAUAAAGAAAUUAAGGCAAAGCAUAAGGAGGUAUCUCAUGGGGUUGAGAAGAGCGCAAAGGAAAUCGAGAAGGCUAGGAAUACUACCCAGAAGCAUAUCGAGCUUCUUGGCCAGCAGGCCGCAGCUUUCGAGUCGACAGGCGGUAAAUUAACACCUACCGACGACCCUUAUGUUAUUCGGCGCGGUGUCCUUCACAGACUGAACAAGCAGGUUAUCGAAGAAAAUAACCACAGAAACGAUCUUAUUAGCAUACAGGAUGGUUUCAAGGCUUUUGAGGCUCAUGUGAUACAAAUAGUCCAACAAGCAAUGGAUGCUCUCAAUCAGGUCGCCGGUGGGCAGGCUGAAAAGAUGAGGGCGCUCUACGUUGACAUGCUGGGCGCGGCGCAACAAAUUCCGCCUGACUUUGAGUGGAACGGUUUCAAUGUUCGUGAGGGCCACCGACUGGUCGAUCCGAAGGACUCUCCUCGAAGUGUGGAUGCAAUUGUUUUCCCCAAUCAGGAUCACAACUCAACUAAGCCACUCAUCGAGGGUAGCUUAGAGCGCAAGUCGCGAAACAAGCUGUCGUGGGGUACGCAAUCGGGGUAUUAUGUUGUAACCCCUUCCAAGUACUUGCAUGAGUUUAAAGACGAUGAUAACUUACGACAUGACCCGAAACCGGAAGUUUCCAUCUUCCUCCCAGACGCUGUAAUCAGUGCUCCUACAGGUGAAAAAUUCCUCAUCAAAGGAAAGGAUAAGGGCGGGAGCUUUAGCAGCAAACUCGCCGGCACAUCAGAAUUUCAUUUCAUAGCUCACUCGGCUGCCGAGGCUCAGAAAUGGUUUGAUGCAAUUCGUGUCGCGGCCGGCGCAACAGGCGCAGCUUAUGAAAGCCAUACACCAUCACCGAACGCUAGCCUUCCGGGCUCUGUCAGCGAAAAAUCAAAACUCGAGAAGAUUGAUCCGAAUGCGCAUAAAGAACAGGACGCAGGUAUUACAGGUGGUGAGACCGUCAGUAGCCCUACAGCUAUAUCGCCUACCGUUACCCGACAAAACACUAUCAAGAGCGAUACGGAUAAGAAGGCAUCUGCCUAG